AUGGCCUACCUCCAUCCCUAGAGGAGCCGGUUUUGAAGUAAAGAUGAGUCUCUCAGCUGUUAAGUAGUGAAGCAACACUCAUCCAUCACGUCCACCUCCGAUAUAAAAACCCAAGCAACGGCCAGCAAAUUUCAUUCUUCAUCACAAUUCAUUCAAGUCUUCCGCCCUUCACGCAAAUUAGCUUUCUCAGCUCGAUCUUCAACUCUCUGAUCUUUUGUUUUUGAUUGCGGCCGUCCUGAAUUAGCUCUACAAUUUUUCAUCUUAUUUUUGACUUAAAUGGAGACCCCAACAAAAAUGCUGUGGUGCUUAAUCCUUUGUGCUGUCUUGAUGGUUGGCCCAUCAAAGGCCGAUAAGAACGUUACCAUAACUUUGAUCAAGAGUGCUGUGGCCGAUGGAGCCGUGUGUUUGGACGGAAGCCCACCCGCUUACCAUUGGGAUGCAGGAAGCGGUUCUGGUGCCCGCAAUUGGCUGGUUCACCUGGGAGGAGGAGGAUGGUGUAUAAACAGCACCGUAUACGAGAAUCACACGGAGGCGUACGCCGACAGCUGCACUGCGCGCGCCACAUUGGACAUCGGAUCUUCCUUCCACAUGGGUGAUUUCCCGUUUACGGGGAUAUUUAGUGAUGAAGAAAACCAAACUUACUUCUAUAAUUGGAACCGGGUCAUCGUAAGAUAUUGCGACGGGGGGUCAUUCUCCGGUGAUGUCGACGAACCUGACCCGGAAACUAAGCUCUUCUACCGAGGGGCAAGAAUAUAUAAAGCUAUCAUUACUGAGUUAAUGGCGAAAGGCAUGCAAGAUGCCCGGAAUGUGAUCCUUGCUGGAGGUUCUGCAGGGGGAAUAGGUGCGAUGAUUCAUUGCGAUCAUUUUCGCAGCCUAUUCCAUCCCACUGUGAACGUCAAGUGCUACAUUAAUAGUUCUUUUUUUCUAAAACUGAGGGAUCCCAAGCAUGCCCAGUUCAUGAAGACCGUUUUUGGCAUAGUUGUUGAAUUGCAGCAAAGCGCCAAGGCACUACCGGCCGAGUGCAUAUCCAAUCGAAGUGCAUUAUCGUGCUUCUUUCCAAAACACUUGGUGAAGUACAUAAAAUCCCCAAUUUACUUUUUGAAUUCGGCCUUUGAUGCAUAUCAGAUACGGACUGCCUUCUCUGAAAGCUUACACGAUCGGAUAAUGAAUCAUACGGAGACUCCAAGUGAAAUGAAAUUGCUGAAAGAUUUUAGGCAACAACUGAUAAAUGCAUUGCCUACCCCAGCGGCCACUAAUGGGUAUGUGGUCACUUCACAGUUUGGCCAUUCCUUCGGUCAGAAAGGGUUAAAGAAACCCAUGUUUCCCGAAGACCCAAAGUCAAAGGGGUCUCAGUUGAGAGAGGAAUAGAGGAGAACUUUCAGACGAAGAAACGCUGCAGCAAAGCUCUGAAGAACUCCCGAAAGGCUCUGAACGAUUACGAAGAAGAGGAAGAGAUCAAGCCACGUUUUUUUUAAGAAUAUAUGAAUAAUCCUUAGUGAUUUCAUCUAUUCUUGAUCAAACAAAGCAAAAGUUGAAGAACGUUCGAAGAUCUGAAGAACGAAGCUUGAAGAUUCGAAGAUCUGAAGAACGAAGCUUUGAAGAUUCGAAGAUAUGAAGAACGAAUCUUUGAAGAUUUGAAGAUAUUCGUAUGAAGAUUGAAUCAAGAUUCAAUUGAAGAUCAAGCCAUAUAUCCCAGGAGGCCCUUUAACAGAAGAUCAAGCCAUAAAACGGCCCUUUUGUUGAAGAUCAAGCCACUUGAAAACCGGAGGCCCUUCAAGCUGAAUUCUUUAUUCAAGAAGAUUUGAAGAUCCGAAGAACGAAGGUUCGAAGAUUUGAAGAUCUCAAGAACGAAGAUUCGAAGAUCCGAAGAACGUUCAAGUUCUUGAAGAAUUAAAGAUUUAAUUUUUAAUUAAAUUCUGUAAUUAUAUUCAUAUCAAAUUGCAAGUGAAGAAUCAGAGGAUUCAUAUUUAGAGAUUGUACCCGAUAUUUUCAUAUAUUAUUAUUUGCGAUCAAUUUUAAGUAAAUACUUAAAAUUUGUUUCACAG